AUGGUAAUGAAAAAAUGGGAAUUUAGGAAUGUGUUAAGCAGCCCCUUCAAUGACCGGCCAAUGUGCAGGAUCUGCCAUGAGGGCAGCAGUCAGGAAGACCUGCUUUCCCCCUGUGAAUGUACAGGGACCCUGGGGACUAUUCACCGCACCUGCCUGGAGCACUGGCUGUCAUCUUCAAACACCAGCUACUGUGAGCUUUGCCACUUCAGGUUUGCAGUGGAGCGCAAACCCAGGCCAUUGGUGGAGUGGCUGAGGAACCCAGGUGCCCAGCACGAGAAACGGACUCUCUUUGGAGACAUGGUGUGCUUUUUGUUUAUCACUCCGCUGGCGACCGUCUCUGGCUGGUUGUGUUUACGAGGAGCAGUGGACCAUCUGCACUUUAGUAGCAGGCUAGAAGCUGUUGGCCUCAUUGCACUCACUGUCGCACUCUUCACUAUUUACCUCUUUUGGACCCUAGUAUCCUUUAGGUAUCACUGCAGAUUAUACAACGAAUGGCGCCGGACCAACCAGCAGGUGAUACUCCUAAUUCCAAAGCCUGCCAACAUCCCCUCCAACCAGCAGUCCCUGCUGGGCCUGCAGUCCCUCAAAAGGAACUCGAAGGAGACAAUUGUUUGA